GUGGCGGCGCUGGCGCUGCUGGCAGGGAGGCGGUUCGGGCCGCGGCGACGACGAUGGCGUUUACGCUGUACUCGCUGCUGCAGGCCGCGCUGCUUUUCGUCAACGCCAUCGCGGUGCUGCACGAGGAGCGGUUCCUGCGGAGGAUUGGCUGGGGAACAGACCAGGGGAUUGGAGGAUUUGGAGAAGACCCAGGAAUUAAAGGACAGUUAAUGAAUCUUAUCCGAUCUGUACGAACAGUUAUGAGAGUGCCAUUAAUUGGAGUGAACACCGUUACGAUUGUGUUGCUUUUGUUGUUUGGUUGAAGAUGCCCUCUUCGAAACAACCUGUGUAGUAUAUAGAACAAACAGACUUGCAGACCAAUUUGCUCACUGGGAUCCAGCCUGGCUUGGUUGUCGGAGCGACACUUUUGUCUCAAUAAAGACACAGUUUCUAUUUA